AUGUCGACCUCGAUCGCAGCAAGAGAAGACAAAGUGUGGGAGUCGCGCGCCCAUGUGCCCAUUACGGUCGUGACGGUGGUUUUGGGCUUCGCUACGUUGGCCGUUGGCCUCCGAACAUAUGCUCGUGCCGUGCUGAUCCGCCAAUUUGGCAUGGACGACUAUGCCGCCGUCAUUGCUCUUGUUUUUGCCAUGGGCAGUGGUAUCAUGGUGGCUUCAAACACCAUCUAUGGUGCUGGCCACCACAUGGGCGAUCCUAAGAUCGAUUGGACCGAGUUACCAAAGUAUUUCAGGACAUUCUACAUCUCCAUCGUCCUUUACAACGCGUCCUUGACGGCAAUCAAGCUCACUUUCCUACUCCAGUACUACCGAGUUUUGGGAACACGACAGAUGCGCAAGGUUGUCGUCUAUGCACUGAUAUUCGUUGCUAUGUGGUCCAUCUCGCAGCUGCUUAUCGUCAUCUUCUCCUGCACCCCGAUCGAGAAGUUUUGGCUCGGAGACUCGAUCCCGAACGGGCACUGCAUGCCCAACUUGCCCUUCUGGUACAUAAAUGCGGCUGGCAACAUUGUUACCGACGUCCUGAUCUUCAUUAUCCCCCUACCGGCGCUGGGAAGUCUCAAUCUUCGGAAGCAACAGAAAAUAGCGCUUAUUGGCGUCUUCUGUCUUGGUUUCUUUACUUGCGCCAUCUCCAUCAUCCGCAUCCAAUAUCUCAAGCUCAGCGAUGACACCACUUGGGACAACGUCGACUCCUCCUGCUGGUCCGUCUCAGAACUCGGUUCCGGCAUUGUCUGCUCCUGUCUGCCUACGCUUCGUCCUCUGCUGUCGCACGUCAUACCUGGCAUGGGCUCUCACAGCGCCCCUAGCCACGCCAAGUACGUCCAUCACUCAUCCGGCCGCGACGUCACCGAGGGCAGCACCAGCGGUCUUGGUAGCAAGCCCAAAUCCGGCAAGUUCGGUAGCCGUAGCGUCAUAUACCCGGAGGACGUCGAGCUCCAAACCAAAUCUGGCAGCCAGGACCAACUGGAGAAGCACGCGGCCGUGAUCGCCCACACAGCAGUUCCUGUACAACACGAAGGACACCACUCAAGGACGGCAAGCAAAGAUCUAUUUGACCGUUCGCCGUCGCAAAACCGCGGCCGAGGGGGAACACGUGCAGAGGAAGGCGGUUACGUGUCACCUAACCAGCUUGGUCUGCAGCCGACGGUGCGGACAGAAAUCAGGGUUGGGUCGCAGCAGCAGCAAUCGAGGUGGACGGGACCGAUGGAAGGGACAAUUGCUGUGAAGCAUGAUUUGGUGGUUACCCAGGAUUAUAACUAACCAAGUGUUCAUUCUCCUGUGCUCGAAUAAUGU